CCUCCUCCAUCUGCAUCUCUGCACAAUCAACAUGAGCCUGCGCUACAGAGCUGAAUAUGGUCGGGGGGGAUCACCUUACGGUCUUCAAUCUGUACGGCACCUCUCCAAAGGCAGUUGGCGCGCACUUUGGACACUGUUUGCUAGCACCUCGUUGCUCAGCUCACGGCAUGCACUCGUAGAGAAGAACAUCCACUAUCCUUUGCAACUCAACUUCAACCAUCUUGUUGCCACAGGGCUCAUUUCAUGGCUGUUUUUGCAACCAGACAAUACUCUGGAUAUACACCCUAAACCAAAAAAGCCAAUGACCCGGAAAACUGCCUUAGUCGCGUUCGCAAUGUCUCUUAUGUCAAUAUCUGCGAUUUGCACCCAACAAGCUAUUCUGCACUUCCAGAACCUGCCGACACUAGUCAUGAUCACCACCAUAGCUUUUGUCGCCGAGAGCCUUGUACUUUCUAUCAGUGGUAUAGCUUCUCAAACGCAAGUCGAAUUUAUUCGAGUAGGCCUACUCGUUUCAGCUUGCGCUGGUCUACUCUUCGUAGAGUAUCGACUUAAUGUACCAGGCUUGGUGGCGUCCAUCCCGGCGAUGCUUCUUGCCGGAGCUGCACGAGCUCUGUGGAGAAUCGCCAGUAGAUAUUGCCCGGAAGAAGUCGCGGACUGCCGGACUCAAACCAGAAGACUUGUUCUCAUGGGAGCUCUGGUCAAUAUAAUUUGGGUAAUAGUCUUCUGGAGCGGUGAUCCAAUCUUCGCAUUCGACUUGACAAGUGUCCCGUUGCUCACCUUUAAUGCCAUAACAUCCGCUCUGGCUUUGAUUCUUGGAAAGUCGAUGCUAUUUCCUAUCGACGACGAGGAUAAUUACACAGCUUCUGAGGCUGGUAAUGUUCCAGUGUUUCAGAACGUGGACAUAUGGACCCUUCUUGCUCUAACCGGCAUUACAGGUUGUUACGCAACACUCUCCCAACGUCGUUCAUACACAAAUGUAUAUCAAUUCGGUUGCUUUUUCUUUGCAAUGCUGUGCAUAAGCGGGAAAGCUAGCACAGGUCUGCUUCCGGGUCAACCGCAGUAUACUUCGGCCACUAGGAGCACUCAUCAACUGACAGACCUCUCUGUGGAGCGGUUGUCAGACGACAGCGGGAUCAGUCCUUUGUUUGAGGAGAUUGAUGAGACUGACAAGUAUACGUCCCUACCAAGUUGGUGGAAUCUCAAGCUUCGCAGAUUCUUACUCAGCGUUGGCGUUAUACUGGUCUGGACCGUAUAUGGAGUCUCUAAUUUCACCGAGCGAUCGAACCCUUCCGACUUGACCCUUCUCGAUGAGAAAUAUGUCCCGACAAUGGACAUAGAAAUCGUAUUGAGCAUGUACAAAGAGCCACUCGAUGAGGUCAACGAGCUUAUACACAACCUUAAGAGUAUGCCAGAUCUGUCAGAUGCACACGUCACAAUCUACAUCAAAGAUACCGAGGCAGACAGUGCACUUAUCAAACAGCACACAAAAGCUGAUGACAUCAUACUCCUGCCGAAUGUUGGUCGAGAGGGUGAAACGUACCUGAAUCACAUUCUCAACCGUUGGGAUACUCUUGCCAGGCAAACCAUCUUUAUGCAGGCAGACGUGCAUAACCCACGAGAAUUCUACACCCACGUCAGAAACUACUACAGUCGCGAUCAGACUGGGUUUCUCAACCUUGGCUGGUCAGGUGCAGUCUGCGAUUGCGAACACUGCGGCGAUAGGUUUGCCUGGGAAGAGAAAACCGGUCUCUUCCCUACAGUCCAAAGCCAAAUCAACAACUCGACUAGCUGCGAAAACGUCCUGUUAAGUUACAAAGGACAGUUCGUUGUUUCGGCUGCGCGUGUCCGUGGCAUCAACAAGGAUAUCUAUCGUAAGCUUCAUCAAGCUAUCAGUGACGAGAACAGCUGGGCGCACCAGCCAGAAUAUCUCGAAGGCAGGCCGGACUCAAUGAGUGCGCCACGGUUUGGCUAUACGCUGGAAAGGAUCUGGAACCUUUUGUUCCAGUGCUCAAACAUGGAACUCGCCUGGAAGUGUCCGUCGCUGAUCAGCGGGUGGAGGAUAGGCGGUGACAUCAGUGACUGUCAAUGUUUCGACACAUGAGCCUUGUCUUUUGAGCGAUGCGGUGGAAUACCUGGAGAGCAUCCCUGAGCAGGCGAAGUUGUUGGACAUCGACAUACAUGUAACAAAAGGAGUCUCUCCGCACAGUAGACGCGACUGACAGCUGGUUAUCUUGUCCAAACUAGGAAAAUAUCCUAGUUUGAUGCCUUCCAUUAUAAACUAGUAUAUAUAAACGUAAUAAUGCAAGCGGGGAUGUUUCAGUGCGAUAGUAUCUCUUGAAUACAGCCGCGUUUGACACGCAUUUUACACGGCCCAGAAGGAGGCUGGAAUAUCGAUGGUUCAACGAAGCAAAGGAAGCCUAGCAUGAAGAAUGCGAGAGUGAUAAUGUAGUCUGUGAGGAUUCCAGAUGAACAAGGUAAACAAG